CAACAACAGGAUUAUAAAUCGUAUUUAUGGAUUAUGUUUGCCUGAAUAUGUCGCCGUGAGAAAUAACCCUGUGUUCUAGAUACGAAAGUGACUUUAUAUAGUGUGUUACAUGAACAGGGCUCUGGUUAUAGCUUGUUUACAUCAACCGAGAGCGUUUGUGGACCGCUCGAUAUCUUUAAACCUUGACCCAGAGGUGUACAGGCUAACGCAAAAAUUAUUGCGAGUUACCAGCCGUUGUGAAAACCCCAUCACGUUUACAAUAACUGAUAUAUCAUGCUGAGUACGUGCUCCAACGAUAUUUGUUAUAUUGCAUGGGGAAACCAGUUAAACGUUUACAACAUGGACACUGUAUAGACGACAAAGGCUUUUUGCUGUUCGUAUGUUAACCAUUUUUUUUAUCGGUUGGAGGAUAAAUGCUGAACAGUCCCAUGUAUAGUAACAUGUAGUGAGUAUUUCCUGAUUUCUCUCUACGUGGUCAGGACUUGUUUGUGGAUUUCAAUAGUGCAUUUGAGGCACGCAUCACGUUGUGUUAUUGUACAGAGUUGUAAAACACUAGCAGUAAACAUGGCUACGUAUAGCGGUAUUGGCAUAAUGUCGGGUACGUCUGUGGAUGGAUUGGACCUGUGUUACGUGGAGUUUACUGGGGACAUCUGUUCCGACGUGUGGGGCUAUUGCAUAAAGAAAGCUGUCACCGUCCCAUACACCGACGACUGGGUUACCAAAUUGAAGGAAGCACCAAGUCUCUCCGGGCUGGACCUGAUCAAACUGCACGUCGAAUACGGACACUUCGUUGGCCAGUGUGUCAGCACUUUCAUUGAUCGGGAAUUAAUUAAGGUGGACUUUGUGUCAUCACACGGACACACGGUGUUCCACCAGCCGGAGAAACGCUUCACGUUCCAACUGGGCUGCGGGGAAACCACCUCCACACACCUCCGCUGUCCGCUUGUCUGCGACUUCAGAUCCAAGGAUGUUGCUCUGGGCGGACAGGGUGCCCCGCUGGUGCCGUCCGGAGAGAAGUACCUGUUUCGCCAGUCGGACAUCUGUAUAAACCUCGGCGGUAUCGCCAACAUUGGGCUGAGAGGGGACAGGGCGUACGACAUCUGUGCGUGCAACAUGGUUCUGAAUCGCCUGGCCAGCAAGACUGGGAACGGGCUCGGGUACGACAAGGAUGGGCAGACAGCAUCUGAAGGACACGUGGUGGAGGAGCUGCUGAGUCAGCUGGAAGCUCUGAAGUACUACACCGAGCCGUCCCCCAAGUCGCUGGGGUACGAGGGGAUAUCCCAAGUCAUCUUUCCUCUACUUGAUGAGAAGAAAUAUUCAGUACCGGAUAUGCUGCACACAUUCGUAGAACACGUGGCUCGACAGGUGACGUCUGCGUGUAAAGAGAGCAAGAUUACCUCACAGAGUAACGGGUCGCCCACUGUCCUCAUUACAGGUGGAGGCGCUUUCAACAAGUUUCUCAUGAAAAACAUGGAGAAGAAGUUAAAAGAAGCAGGUUUCAGCAUCCAGGAAACCGACGAAGAUACCAUCAACUUCAAAGAAGCGCUAGUCUUCGCUUUCCUCGGGUUACGAACUCUGCUAGGACUUGACAACGUUAUUUCUGCUACAACCGGAAGUAGCACAGAUAGCGUGUCUGGGAGCAUUCACAGGCCAGUGACUCCCGUUGUGUCUUCGCCGUCGAUUCAAGGCCACUUUAAUUUCAUGAUGAAGAGGCAGUCAAUUCGUAGUCCGCCGGUGUCGUCAUUUUAGCAGUGUAUGAAGUAUUGGGCUAUCGCUUGCUAGUAACCAAUAGCAGGCGUGACUCUCUUCUCCCCUCACCCCACCCAUCCUUCUGAACACACCACAACCAAGCGAUUUAAUAGGUUAGUGUAUAACGCUUUGUGUCCAGACUAAAUAUAUGUUUUAAUAUCUACUGGCUCUUGUAUAUUGAGGUUACUAGUCAGUGUGGAAUGUAUAAUUUUACUUCGAUGCCAGUUGUGCAGAUGUGUAAACUGUUAAACUAUUGUCCACCCCACAGGGAACGCCUUUUUUCAUACUAUGGAAUUUACUACACGUUAUUUAUUUCCGAGCCGACUGAUUUUUAAAUUGCACACACACACACACACACAUACACACACACACACACACACACACA